CCACCUUUUUAAAUAUGAAACAAUCGCAAAGAUUUCAAUCCAAUAACACAUACUAUAGUUAACUAAGAUAAAUUAUGACAAUUUUGCUUUGGGUACACACUUAUCAUACACACACAUACACACUAUAAAUAGUCUAAAAAUUUACUAUUUUUUUACCCCCUCUCCUACCACAUGUGCAAAACAGAGUCUGCAAAACAACCCCUCCCUCCUCCCUUCCCGCUUCUUGCUUUCUUUCUUCUUCCCGCAACAUCACCCAACUGCACAAUUGGUUUGUUCUUCUCUUCAAAACAAUGGAUUUUGGUGGUAUUAUGAACGAAACCAUCAUUGAUACUACCGUGGAUGACUUUUGGGCCGAUUGGGAUCAAACGAUCGGUGGUUCUCGAGUUGAAGGACAAAUUCCGGUGGCGGCGGAAGUUGAUGGCGACUCGGCGGCGGCCGCCAUGGACGACGUCCCUGAGCUUGAUGGAGAAAUUCAGCAAAAUGAGAGUGGCGUUGGUUCUAUAAAAGCUCCAGAGGUUGGUAUGGAAUUUGAUAGCAAAGAAGCGGUGUAUGAUUUUUACAAAACAUAUGGGAAGCGUUUAGGGUUUCCCGUAAGAACUAGGAGUACCACCAAACACAAAAAUGGGGUGGAUAUUGUUGGAGUGUUACUAGAGUGUUCUCAUGCCGGUAGUAGAUCUAGUAGGUCAAAAAAUCAAUUGAAGCCUCAACCUUCAAUGCAAAUGGGGUGCGGAGCAAGAAUACGAGCACACACAAAUUAUGAGGGACGUUGGGAAAUAUAAAAAAUCUGCCUUGAUCAUACUCAUCCCAUGAGCCCAACAAAGGCUCGCCUAUUCCGGUGCCAUAGGACUUUGACUCCCCAAGCAAUGAGGCAAAUUGCAAUCAACGAUGUCGUCGGAAUACGACUUCAUAAGACCUUCAAUGCAGCCGUUGUUGAAGCCGGUGGAUAUGACCAACUUCCUUUUAUUGAAAAAGAUUGUAGGAACUACAUUUAAAAGGUAAGACAACUUAGGUUAGCGAGUGGUGAUGUCAUGGCAAUUCAAGAGUUCUUUGCUAAAAUGCAAGCUCAAUGCCCCGGAUUUUUCUUCGUCCUUGACUUAGAUGACGAAUCUCGAUUGCGUAAUGUGUUUUGGGCCGACAACCGAUGUAGAUAUGCGUACAAAGAGUUUGGAGAUGUCAUCACUUUUGACACGACCUACCUCACGAAUCGGUAUGACAUGCCUUUUGCACCUUUUGUGGGAGUUAAUCAUCACGGUCAAUCAAUUUUGCUUGGAUGCGGAUUAAUAUCUAAUGAAGAUACGCAAACAUUCGUAUGGCUCUUUAAAGCAUGACUAGAGUGUAUGGAAGGACGGGCUCCAAUGGGCAUUAUUACGGACCAUGACCGUGCAA